AAAGCCCUCGACCUCCAUUCAAACAAUCUUCUUCUCCACGAUGGCCUCAGCUCCCUUCACUUUGCUUCUUGCUCUCCUCAUCUUCCUUGUCAUCGGAGCAGUGGCAGCAAUGGAGGAUGCAGGCGGCAAUGGGCCUGACAUGUCGAUCAUAACCUACGAGGAGGGGCGCGGAAUGAGGGGGCUGGAAAGGGGGGACGAGGAGGUCAUGGAGCUCUACGAGAACUGGAUGGCGAAGCACGGCCGGAUCUAUAAUGAGCUUGAUGAGAAAGAAAGGCGUUUUGAGAUCUUCAAGGAUAAUCUCAGGUACAUUGACGAGCAUAACGCUGGCUUACAUUCCUUUCGUCUCGGUCUCAACAGAUUCGCCGAUCUCACCAACGAGGAGUACCGAUCUACCUAUCUUGGAUCUCGACCCUCGCCUUCCCACCGGAAUCCUAGCGAUCGGUACCGCCUCGCUGCUGGAGAGGCCCUUCCGGAUUCCGUCGAUUGGACGACCAAGGGCGCCGUCGUACCUGUGAAGGAUCAAGGCGCCUGCGGGAGUUGCUGGGCUUUUUCAAGCAUUGCGGCCGUGGAAGGGAUCAACCAGAUUGUGACUGCAAAUGGGGGCAUUGACUCGGAGGAAGACUAUCCUUAUAGAGGACACGGUGGGAAAUGCGAUACUUACAAGAAAAAUGUCCGGGUUGUUUCUAUUGAUUCCUUUGAAGAUGUUCCUGUAAACGAUGAGAAGGCUUUACAGAAGGCAUUGGCGAACCAGCCUGUCAGCGUAGCCAUUGAAGCUGCUGGCAGGGCUUUCCAAUUGUAUCAAUCG